UUACAAUUUUUCAACCACACGAGGCUGUCGUUCGUCAAAAUAUCCCCGCGCCGUCUUCGAUUCUUGCGAGCUGCCUGCAGUUGCGCUAUUGUUACCCAUGUUGUGUAUUACUACGGAGUCGUGUCGCGUUGUACGUAUUAGUGUUUUAUGUCCUCGCUCGGUCAGGAAGUUGUUCUCAUUUGGGGUCUCAUUACUGCGUUAAGUUACAGAAACAAGUCAGUAUGCAUUUUGCCACCACUGAAGAAAGUUAUGUAAUCGUUGGGGUAUGCUAGAAUGCAGUAAUGUCGACCAAUCUGUCGGAGAUGGGAGCGUUCGGCGAAUGUGAAGGCAAUCGUACCAAGGAUGCCGACUCAGUGUUGCCGACUGGCAGAUCUGUGAUUGCGGCUAACGAACAAGAGAAUAUACCCGAAGAUGCAUUCAAGGGAAUUAUGAAAAUUGAUAAGAAUAAAAAUCUGCCAAACAGCUUCAGCUCUUUUCCGAAUAGUAACAUGACUCCUGGAGAGAAACAAUUGUCGCAUAACAUGAGUAAUAAUAACAGCAGGACAUGUAAAACGAUGUCAACACAUUCUACAGAUUCUCAAUUAUUUUUGAAUACUGUAUCUGAGAAUAAACCAAUGGAGACUGCUGCCCCAACUUAUACUUUAGAUAAUAUAUCCUGCAUAUGUAAGGCACUGAAACAAAGUGAAGAUUUUCAUAAACUUGAAAAUUUUUUGAAAAAAAUACCACCAGAUGAUUAUAAUUCUGAUACAGAAAAUAUUGUGAUGGCCAGAGCAUAUAUUGCCUUUUAUAGGAAUAGUUACAAAGAAAUGUUCAAUUUAUUGGAGAGUCGCACAUUUUCAUCAUGUAAUCAUAAAUCCCUACAAAAUUUAUGGUAUAUGGCUCAUUACGCUGAAGCAGAGAAGAUCAGAGGGAGGGCACUGGGUGCUGUAGAUAAAUAUAGAAUCAGAAGGAAAUUUCCACUUCCUAUGACAAUCUGGGAUGGGGAAGAAAUGGUUUACUGUUUUAAAGAAAAAUCAAGAAAAGCCUUGAAGGAUUGUUACAAAACAAACCGUUAUCCAACGCCUGAUGAAAAACGAGAACUUGCAAAAAUGACGGGGUUGAGUGUGAUACAAGUUAGCAAUUGGUUUAAAAACAGAAGACAAAGAGAUCGGUCACCUCAGCAGUCGCCAAAUUCAAGGAAAGACCACUAUGAUGUGAAUGACAAUAUUUGCAAUCCAAGAAUGGACAUUGGUAAAAUGACUCCUGGAGAAAUAUCUAUGAAUUUACAGGGCAGAGUGCCUUCACAUGAGUCUUCAAAAAGCAUCAACAGUGCAGGAAACAAUUUUUUGAAGAACCCAUCCGAUGUGAAGUCAUACUCUACUGUUCCUAAUUUUUUACAAGGAACUUUUGAGCCGAGUCACAUGGAAUUAAAAACUUCAUUAUCAUCAACUCAAAUCAAAUCAGGCAUCCAACAAAUGAACUCUGUUAUUCCAUCUAAUAUGGAUGAUAGUCAGCUAAUUGCUUUGGAUGCAUUGCAACAUUUACAUGUUCCUCAACUUGUCAAUUCAUCCUCAAAACUUCAAGCGGGUUCUUUUGAUAAUCGUACAUACAAUCAGACAACUCCGAAUACAAAUUCCGCAACGCUACUAUCAUCAAAAGUAUCAACUGCUUCCAUUGCGACACUGAACUUUGAUUCCGUAUCAUUAUCGACACCCUUGUCAACAACGGGUUUCGUUUCUGUGCAACCUGGCUAUGUGAAUCCAAAAAAACGUCAACGAUGCUUGAGUGACCCCACUGAUUGUCUUUUGAAGCAACCAAUUAAGACAUUUACUGGGACGUUCCAUACCAUGCCCUACAGACCACAUUCGUUACAUUUGAGCCAGCCUAGUAUUCAGGAAAUACAAAGUGUCAAUAAGGUCUCGACUGACAUGUUUGGAAUUGGCGGUAGUCAACAUAACGAUGGGUUGAAUAAAAUUGGAGAUAAUGACAGUUGUGAAUUGCGACAUAAGAUAUAUCCGGGCAUACCAAGCGAGACAGCUUAUUCAAAUUUCUCUCCGAUCAAAUAUCCAUUUCAGACAAGUGGCAAUCGUAUUUCUUCAAUUGACAACACAAUGUAUGGUAGGACAGGUCUUCCUACCGCUCCACAAGUACCCCUCGUCAACUUGCAUUCAACCUCUGUCAAUAUGAACUUGGUUAGCAGUAUGCUAUCCAGUCCACUUUCUACUACACAAGAACAAAUGAUGUCAAAUCCAACAUUAUCGAAGCCUGAAAUAUUCCAAGGAUGGGCGGGUGGUUUGCCACGUUGGUCUCCGAAUUUUCAGUACGGAUUGCAGCAUCAACCACCCUUGCAUUCCAGCUAUAACAUGAAUGCCAGUAACAUUAAUUGCAAUAAUAACAACAAUUCGAAGUCUGACUCUAAUGGUCAAAAUAUAGUGAUGGCAUCCAAUUUACUACCACUUAUGGUUGGGUCUAUGGUCGUGAAUGGUACAAAUCCAAAUAUUGCAUUGGCUACUGCUGCGGCGACAUUGCACGAACUUGGUAGUCAUAUAACACCUUCGGCAAUGAAGCAACCCUCUCCUACAUCACCAUCUGUACAUACGAAGAAAUUGAGAGUUGAUAGCCCUCGUGAAGACUGUGGAUUAGACUUAUCUCGUCCUAGGAAAGCUGCUUCAGAAUUUGCUUAAAUUGUUUGAAAUGAAGUUGCCAAAUAUUUAGAUUUUCAAUUAGUAUACUCUUUUCGAUACCAGAGCUUUGCUAUUUACUUUAAGGCUUUAAAAACUUCAAUUGAACAUGAAUGUGUUGUUUGUCAUAUUAAAAGAUCAUAUUUUAAUAGGUUUAACCUAAUUGUCAAUGCAGUACCACACUGAACAUUUCACUGUUGUAGAUUGACAUUAUUGUAUCAAUCUAAGGUGCCAUUAUGACUAAACUCAACCAUAAAUUUUUCACAUCCAAUCAAAAAUAAUGUAUGGCAGCAAUGUGUUUGCACUCCUACAAACAGUCGUAAAAAAAAAAUUCCGAUUUUGUACUAUUAUAAUUUGAGGGCUUUCAGAUGCAAGAAUCUUCAUGUUAGUGAGUGUACAGUCACUUUUGAUUUUUUUUUAAAUUUUUAUGUACUUGUAACAGCUUUUUUACAAGCAAAAAAUUUGUUCCUAACUGCCGAAUUAGAGAUUUCUUUGUUAUUCUUUUUUUACUAUUCACUUUUUCGUUUGCCAAGUACUCUUCAUUACUCAAAACUGUCUUUAUUGGUGCUUUAUCUUUUUUUUUUGUCAAUCAUCUCAGAAAACUGCUCAUUUUGUGAAUCAUUUUGAAUCAAUACUUUACACAGAACUGACCAACCCUUUUUACCAUAAUACUUCUUUCUUUUACAACUUUUUUUUGUUAUACUGUGCUGUGCGUCUGUGCUGUCAAAUAUUUGUGAGACUGGUCACCGAGGUUAAAUUUUCCAAACCGAAGACUCAUUUACUUUCUGUAACACGAAUCAUGACGCACUGAAAUCUAAAUUUGACUUUUUUAACAUCAAAUUAUGACAAGUAAAAGUUAUAUGAUAUUGUUCAAUGUCUUAUGCAAGUUUGUUUUUGUCAACAUAAUUGAUUAAAACAUGGCUAAAUGUCUGAUACAGUCAGUAGUACUUUUCUGUUAACAUUAGUUGUAAUAGACUUAUUGCCUCUAGAUAGAAAAAUUGUUUAAUGUUUCGAAUUGUCAACAAUGUGCCAUAAACAUAUAAUUAUAAAAUUAUAUUAUAGUACAGCUUAUUUUGUUGAGUGGCGUAACACUUUUUAGUUGGUUAUGUAAUUAUUAUUCCACACAAUUGAUAUGUUAUUCGCAAACAAUCAACCAGACCAAUGUUGAAUCCCACAAAAUACUAAAAUCGCGUCACAUCAAUUUAAAUUAAUUUUAUAUAAAGAAUAAAAUGUUUCAAACACUAUUUGGUGCUAGCUUCCAUUAAAAUGAAAAACUAGGUAAUUCCAUAUUUCAUGGCCAACUUCUUCAAUUUAUUUAAUGUUCAAAACUGUACAAACUGUUUUCACAUUCAUUAUAUGUUCAUCUGUCUCUUGUGAUUCAUACUGAAAUUUUCACCACUGUAUGCAAUAACACUUCAAGGUUUUGAUAGAAAAGAAAUAUUUUACUAUCACAGCCACUGUCGCUUUUUAACUACAUCCAACUUAUUUUACCAUCGCUGUAAAACUAAAAACCUGACAAGGCUUCUGUAAAUUCAUCUUGAGAAACUUUGAUUUACUAUUAUUACUGCCAGUUAUUUAAAAAAUCCCUUGAUUUAUUAGUCAAGCUAUCGUCUUCAAUUGUUGUAAUUUUUGGAUAAAUAAAUUUCACAACAUGAAAUGAAAAUUGUGUUAUGUUAGGACUGAUUGAUUUUGUCCAAACCUUUUCAUUUAUAUGUUGGCGCAAAAGAAAUUGGCGAUUAUUUUGAACCAAAAUUAAGUCUUUUCUUCGUUUCCUACAUAUAAUAAUAGGUUUAUUUGUCAUUUUGGAAAAUCGUUUUGGAUUUCAAUUUGAAAUAUCCUAGUAUGACAUUGACAAUCAUGCGUUAUGUGAUACUUCUAUGAAUCAGAUACCGGUACAAGAAAUUGGAACUGCCACAUUGAAUAUUGUGUAUAUUUAUUUGAUAAUGUUUUCGUGCCAUUUUAUUUGUUCAAUCAUACCUUUGUUACUUUGAACUAUGCGUACUAGACCGACACAAUCAACUAAUAUUUUUUUUAUUUUAUUCUUUACUGAUUUUAAAUAUUUUUGGUCAAAUUAUGAAGUCGAAUUUGCUUUUGGGUUUCCUGUGCAUUAUAAGUCUUUUUUAUGUUAAUUUCAUUUUACCUUACUUGAUGUGUAUCUGGACUGAUGUAUAAAUUCUUAUUUCAUUGAA